UGUACACAGGGUGCGAAGAGCAGAUUGGUAGCCCGCUAGGAGGAUCUACCGUUAAUAGAACGGGUAAAUGUGGUCAUGCUGCAGUCGCUGGCAUUGAGUUCGAGGAGCAUUGGCUGGAAUAUCUGCUUUUCAUGUGGCGGCUGGGAGAAGCGCAACACUGAGAAGACUUAAGCCUCCCCAAACCAAAAUGGGGUCUCGGUCUGUGAGCCUAAGGUGAAGUCUCUCUUAUCUAAUGGCAAAUUUAGCAAAUUCCCAAGAAGGUGAAGCCGCUAUGUUGAUGCUGGAAACGCAACAGAGGGCUCUCGGAACUAACCGUGCAGCAGCUGCAACGGCGAACGGCGGGGAACCCUCUUCCGUACUGGAUGUUAGCGGCGCUGGUUUUCAUCAACAACGCUCACCGCCCUCCGAUCAACAGCCGGGUGAAGCACACCAACAACAGUGUCGCUACCGGCAACACGCUGCUCAUGAAAACAACCUGGAAUCACCGGCGAGGAAGGGGUCCACGUACUCUUUAAACCGGGCACAUGAGGACUCAGGCGGUAGUUCGAGCAACACACACGCUACCUCUGCUGUGAACGCCAGUUCCGCUGUCGCGGACGACAUCAGAAAGUGCGGUUACCUAAGAAAGCAGAAACACGGUCAUAAGAGGUUUUUUGUCUUGCGGGCGACGAGUCAUUUAGGGCCGAGCAGAUUGGAAUACUACGAUAGCGAAAAGAAAUUUCGUAACACCCUCUGCUCGACCGCCGCCGGCUCCUCAGCUUCAUCUGGCGGGGCUGCGGUGAGCGCCUCUCCUCCGAAAAGGGUGAUCUAUCUCUACCAGUGCUUUACUGUCAAUAAAAGGGCGGAUUCUAAGCAUAAACAUCUCAUUGCUCUGUAUACCAAGGAUGAAUACUUCGCGAUUGUCGCCGAGAAUGAACUGGAGCAAGAGGAGUGGCACCAGGCGCUCAGCGAGCUCAUGAGUGAGUGCAAGAGAUGCCACAUGGACGCGGAGGAUAUUGAUUACGGCUAUGGUACUGUAACUGCUGGCACUGAUUUUAAAGAAGUGUGGCAGGUGAAUGUUAAACCAAAGGGCUUGGGCCAGACUAAAAAUCUAACCGGUGUGUAUAGGCUCUGUCUGUCUGCUGAGAGCAUACAUCUGAUGAAGCUUAACUCUGAGACGCCUUGUGUGAAUUUACAGCUUAUGAACAUACGGCGCUGUGGCCAUUCGGAGAGCUUCUUUUUCAUUGAGGUCGGCCGCUCCUCUUCUAUAGGACCUGGGGAGGUUUGGAUGCAAGUGGACGAUUCUGUGGUGGCUCAAAACAUGCAUGAAACCAUUCUGGAGACCAUGAAGGCCCUCAAGGCUUUUGCUGAGUUCAGGCCGAGAAGCAAAAGCCAGUCGUCUGGCUCCAACUCAAUGGGUUUUAUCACCACACGGCGACACUUAGGCAACCUGCCACCCAGUCAGACAGGGCUCCAGCGGCGGUCUCGGACCGAGUCUGUGGUGGGCACUCCACCCAGCAGGAAGAGCAAUGGAGCGAGUGGGUAUAGAUUCCGCACCUCCAGUGAGGGAGAAAGCACCAUGAACCGCCCGUUUCGUUCUGUGACAGGUAGCCUUAUUCAUCUCAACACGGCCCGUGCUAACCUGAGCCGCCAGGAAAGUAGCAGUGGGGCUGGCAGCCGCUACAUUCGUGCCCUGCCAGGCUCCACCCAUCAUGCACGCUCUGCCUCGCUGCCAGUCUCGCAUUUUCCCUCAACCACCAGCCCAGUCAGCAUGUCCAGCAGCAGUGGGCAUGGCUCUGUGACCGACACCAUUACUCGCCCUUCCAGCGCAUCCAUUUGUGGAUCCCCGAGUGAUGGAGGUUUCAACUCCUCUGAUGAGUAUGGCUCCAGCCCUGGAGACCUCCGCUACUUCAGAGUACGCAGCAACACCCCCGAGUCUCUGGGAAACACGCCACCCAUCCGCGAGGAGCACUGCCUCAGUGACUACAUGGCAAUGGGAUUUAACCGUGAUGUGUUCGGAACGGGCACAGGUGAGGCGACCCGUGAUGAGAGUACUGACGAAGAUUCACGACCGGGGUCGUUAAGGAGGCGGACACACUCCUUCUCCAGGCAGGUUGGGGGCGCUAGUGCUGCUGGAGUGGCUGUAUAUCAGAAGAUGACCCAGACCACCUUCUCGCUGGACGAGGCUGUGGUUGAGGAUAGCUCUUGGAGUGCCAGUGCUCAGACCAUCUCUAACUCCUCCUCCCUCUGUUCUGACUAUAGCUCUAGUUCUGAACACAGCCAAGACCGCCCCCCUAUCUUACGUCCUGCAGAUGCCCCUAAAGAUGAUGGCUACAUGCCCAUGAUGGCAGGUGUGCUGCCCUCCACCAGUGAUGCAGACUACAUGCUUAUGCAACCAAAAAUCCUCCUUUCUGGCUCUCCACAAGUCCAAAGUGCUGCUUUACCUGUUCCCCAGCACAUGGACUCUCAAGGCUAUAUGAUGAUGCUCCCCGGUAGGAGUGGGGCUACUUACUCCACCGUCCCUUCCAGCCCUGACUCUAGCAGACGAGGAGAUGGACAUAGAGACUCAAAUCGCCCUGAGAAUGGCGAAUACAUGGAUAUGUCUCAGAAUACCCCCACAGCUAAUGUUCAAAGGGUUUCUAAUGAGAAUUACUAUGCCUUGACCACUCCUGUGAUCCCCAAGUCCUACAGUCCAUAUUUCUCCCUCCCUCGCUCAUAUAGAGCUCCAUCCCGAGAUCAGCCUGAGCAUGAUGAGUACGUUCCCAUGAGUUCACCAGCUAAAUCGGUCUGCACCCCAGAUCGUAGUAGCAUGUGCCCACCUUCUGAAGCUCUGCAUCACAAUGGAUACUCCGACCGCCUAGCAGUUCGGCCGAACCGCCUACCCCUGGUAAGGCGGAGCUUGCACGGCACUCUAAGAACAGGUGAAACACCAGUGUGCCCUUCCAGCCCUGGAGAGUACAUCAAUAUUGAAAUUGGGGAUCGGCCCACACAUCCUGCAUGUCCAUUGUCUGCUGAAGGCCCCACCUCAACCCUCAAUAUCGGCAGGGAACAACGUAAGUCCCCCCUGCCACAGGACUACAUGACUGUCGAGGUGGGUGGUCUUCCACCAAAGAGUCGGUCCCCAAGGACCUCACUGGUGGCCCCCUGGAAUCCUCCUUCAUAUGUCCGGCCCACCUCAUCCUCUCACUGCAGCGAGUUUGCUAUGGAAAAACCUGACGACUACACAGAAAUGUCCUUUGCAGCUGGGGAGGAGACUAAGAGCCCUACAGAUAUGCUUGAGCGCCUGUGUAUCCUGGAACGUCAGUUUUUCCCUUGCACUCCCCCGAUGGAGCCCAGGGUUGUCCGUGCUGAUCCUCAAGGCAGGCGGAGACACAGCUCAGAGACCUUUGUGACAUCAGCAGCAGCAUCAGGUGGAAGUGGCCUGGAUGCCAAUGGCACAGUGCCUAGCAACAGUCAACAGGUGGGAUGCAACACGUGUCAGAACUCUUUUGACAGCGUUUGGACAGACCGUGUGACACCUAGCAGUGAGGUGAUACCGGGAACCUCCUCUGUGAGGCCUGGAAGAACUUUACCUGCAGAACACCAGAAUGGCCUAAACUACAUUGCCCUAGACCUGAGAGAUGACCUCCGGCCUGGGAACACUCAUGAUGUGAUUUCCUUGGCAACCUCCAGUGCUCCUCCUCCAGAGAAUGGUGCCUAUGCCAGUAUAGAUUUAAUCAAAUCUGAGGUGCUUACAGCAGCAUCUAAAGACUGAGGACUGUCCCAUCAAGUUCUUGCAGAGAUGCCAGAUAACGUGAUUGCUCUAGCACACUGCACACCCUGCGGUACAACACAAGGAUCCUGCGAUUUUCUUUUGAUUGACUUUUGUUUUUUGUUAUUGUUCAAUGUGCUGUCUCAGAGCGAAGAAUUUCCUGUAUGAGUUCAGUGCUUUGUGAUUUGUAUCACAUUUGUAUUUAAUUUGAUGCAUAAAAAGGGAGGUCCACAUAUAAAGACACCAUAAUCCACGAGUCUGGUUCGGGCAGGUGCAUGCUGUUUACAAGCAUCACUAAUAUGUACAAACUGUAUUUAUUUCCCAUAAAGAUUUCAGGUGCAAUUACAGAUUUUAGUGUUUGUUUACAGUUUGCUUUAUCAGAGAAAGCAUAUAUAGAAUCGGUACGGACUGCAUUUUUAUUAAUGUCUCGCACAUCUUAAAGUUUGGACCGUAGAAACCUCCUUUUCGUAUUAGCGGUUCCUCAAUAUCUGUGAGUGUCAGGAUAGUUGCCUCCUGCUUACCCUGUGCUGGGCCCUGGUGUGUUUUUGGUGCCUUCAUGGUUUGUGGCACAGUCAAAACAGGCCUGCCUUCUCUCUUCCCUUACUAAUUUUCAACCAUCAUCUCCUUUUUGCCAAGUGUGCUGGAGAGACGGCUAGAGAGGCACGGGAGGGGUUGCAGAAAAAGGGUUAGGGUCUAUUCUGGGACUACCCAAGAUGCCAGAUGAUAUCUGCUACAGUUGCUAAAAUGCCACCAGGAUGAGCACAGAGUCGAUUACACAAUCCAAAUAAAUAUAAAUGAGUUCUCUAGUUACUUAUUUGGUACUUAAAACAAAGAAACUGUAAUAUAAGCAAACCUUUGUGAACAAAUAGCACAAAAGCCAAGUAUAAAAAGCCGAAUUUUGACAGUAGAAACCAUUAUGCAUGCUUAUGGCAAGACUGGAGGUUCUCCUUUUCCAACGAUCCACUAAAAUGAUACCUUAUAGGGUUAUACUCUAUAAGAUUGACACAACAUUUCAGUUAUAUUAUAUUUAUAAUUUAGCAUAUUUAUAAUUUUAGUAUUUACCAAUCGGUGGUAUUUCAUUGCCUCUCUCCCCUCAGUAUUGUGCUCACUUUAUGACACCCUUUGGUCAGGUUAUUCUUUCAGGAAGUGGAGAAAUGGUACAGUUCUUGCAGAGAGCUAAAAAACACUGUGUGGUCAACGGCAGUGUUUUCUGCAUUGAAGAAAUAUGCAAGUGAAGAGAGCGAACAAAGUAGUGAUAUGCACACUACUAACUGCAGAUUUAGGUUGAAUCGCCUUGAUUACAUAGAAACAAGAUUGUUUUUAUAUUUCCCCGUUACUGCAACUUGUUUGAAAAGACAGAAUCAAAUGUGAAUAACUUAAUACUUGUGACAGAAAAAAUGCUAAAGACAAUAUAUGGUACGGUCUUCAUUGUUAUGGAAUGGUAUGAAAGGUAUGAAAAUGUGUUCUGCAUUUCAAUAAUGAUCAGCAAUUCUGGUUAAAAGAACCAUUCCUCGUGGACAAUUACAAAAUGAACAACUUAACUAGCACAGAUUAUUACAGUCCAGCAGUGGUGUUGUGAAAACAUGGUUUUACCAAACAUGCAAAACUAUAUUUAAGACCCAAAAUUGCCUCUACAUAAUGAACAUUUUAUUUUAAACAGAAGGGUAAGGGAUAGUCUUUUUUUGUUUGUUUGUUAGUAACUGAGACUGACCUCUAAAAAUGCUUUUACAAAGAAACAAAUUCCUGUCAAAUGCAAAAAAAAAAAAGCUUUAAAUCAGCCAAAUUGUUAGAAACUCCGCCUUUUGCUAAUGUAUGUGAUCAAGUUGACUGCUGUUUUGCAAUGAUUUGCAUUGAGUUUCCAUCUUUAUACAUUAACAUUUUUAUUUGGAACUUGAUUAAAGUGAUUACAUAGUACAGAUGUGCUGUGGUACGAUAUUAAUGUGUCCUCCCCCCCUAAUUUUUUUCUUUAUAGUUACAAUAGCUUGGCUAAUCUUUUUGGAAUCUUUCUGUAAGGGAAUUGAAUUUACUCUGCAUCAUUUCAAAAUCAAAGAGUCGGGGGACAUUGGGGCUCCCCUUGCCUGUGUAGUCUUUUUGUAAUCUUGUUAAACCUGACUAACGUUUUGGUACACUUGCAUUCUGUUUGCUGUUGUUUUUCCAAGUCCAAGCUUGACGGUUGGCAAAGUUGGAGGUCAACCCUCCAGAAGAAGUCAGAGAAAAUGCAAAAAGGAAAAUCUUUAAACAUCUUUUUAUGGCUGUGUCCAUGUGUACAUACUGAUACUUUAUUUGAUUGUUUUCCUGCAUUUGAUUUGAAAUUUGCUUUUUCCUCUGGUGGGAAAAAGAGAGUGAUAGCAGGUAAAUAAUUUGAGCAUUGCUUAGUGUUUGCAUUUCUUUUUUUGCUUUCAAUAGAGCUAUUGCAAUAAAAAAAAGUUCCUGUAACACAUUGCUGUACAGUUUGUUUUCACUUAUCUGUGUGUAUGUCUGUGAGUGAAUAAGAGAAGAUGGAUGUCUCAUCGAUCCCACGCUGAACUUUGAUGUUUGCCUCCGAAAAUGUAUACAGGGCAAUAAUAUCAGUGUUAGAAAUGUACUUUUAUUUUAUUAAGGGGCAAUGUGUGCCUUCUGUCAUAGAAUGCCAUCCGUUUGAAUCGUUUAAUUAAACAUUUACUAUCAAAUUUAAUUCUUCAAACUCUAUAGACAGAAGGACUCAACAGAGGGAUUUUAAUGAAGGAAUAUGAAAGACAACAUACUGUAAUAUAGAAUGAAAUAAGUAGAUAUUAUUGUCACACAGACUUUGGCAAUGCCAAACCACGUCUUUCCAUUAUUC